CGUCUGUUUCCUCCACAGCCUUCAUUCCGCGUGGAGCCCGCCCCGCCCCGCCACUUGGUCCCCCGGGAUCCCGCUCUUUCGGAGAAGGCCAUGGAUACCUCGACGCCUCUGCCUCCCGUAACCCCCUCCCCUAUCGGCUAUCCAGCCCCGCGGACCAUCCAGAUCGAGUUCCCUCAGCACAGCUCAUUGCUUCUGGAGUCCCUGAACCGCCACAGGCUGGAAGGAAAGUUCUGUGAUGUGUCCCUCCUGGUGCAGGGCCGGGAACUUAGGGCGCACAAAGCGGUGUUGGCAGCUGCCUCUCCUUACUUCCAUGACAAGCUUCUCCUGGGAGAUGCUCCACGUCUCACUCUGCCCAGCGUCAUUGAAGCUGAUGCCUUCGAGGGGUUACUCGAGCUUAUUUAUUCAGGGCACCUCCGCCUGCCACUGGAUGCUCUCCCUGCCCACCUCCUUGUGGCCAGUGGCCUCCAGAUGUGGCAAGUGGUAGAUCAGUGCUCAGAGAUUCUCAGAGAACUGGAAACUGCAGGUGGUGGAAUUUCCACCCGUGGAGCAACACUUCUCUCCACCACAACGUCUGCAGGAGGCUGGUGCAUUCGCUCUUCCCCUUUCCAGAUCCCAGGGCAGUCUUCUGCUUCUACUGAGAGCCCAGCUGUAGGGGAGGGCAGCGACCUGGGAGAGAUUUUACAGAUUAAAGUAGAAGAAGAGGAGGAGGAGGAAGAAGAAGAAGAUGAGGACCAGGGGUCGGCAACACUCUCUCAGACUCCUCAGCCCCAGAGAGUACCAGGGGGUCUUCCCCACCCUCAUGGGUCCCACCCACUGCCCAUGUCUACCACUCCCCACAGGCUUCCAGAAGGUGAAAAUGCACCCCUUGAGCAGCCUCCUCCUACACUGACCCCCAAAAUCUUCUAUAUUAAGCAGGAACCCUUUGAGCCUAAGGAGGACAAAUCGGGAGGUGAAACUCAGUCUGGAGGUGUAAAGGAGGAGACCAAGGUGUUUCCUGGAGGGUAUACAGAAGGAAAUGGGGAGCGAGGGUUCUUAUUGCCCUCAGGAGCAGGGGCCACCGCUGGGGGAGGUGGGCCAUCCUGGAAACCAGUGGAUCUUCAUGGAAAUGAAAUUCUGUCAGGGGGUGGAGGACCUGGGGGUGGGGGGCAAGCUGUACACGGACCUGUGAAACUAGGGGGGACACCCCCUGAAGAUGGAAAACGCUUUGGUUGCUUGUGUGGGAAGCGGUUUGCAGUGAAGCCAAAGCGAGAUCGGCACAUCAUGCUGACCUUCAGCCUUCGGCCAUUUGGCUGUGGCAUCUGCAACAAGCGCUUCAAGCUGAAGCACCACUUGACAGAGCAUAUGAAGACCCAUGCUGGAGCCCUACAUGCCUGUCCCCAUUGUGGUCGUCGGUUCCGAGUCCAUGCCUGCUUCCUUCGCCACCGGGAUCUAUGCAAGGGCCAGGGCUGGGCCACUGCUCACUGGACUUACAAAUGAAGACUUAGCCCAUACACUAACUUCUGGACAAACAAGCUACUGUGGCUAAUGGGUAUAUACCCCUCACUACAUGUCACCCCAGUCUUGGAUAUUGUGAUCAGGCCAAGAGGAUAGAUAAAUGAUGAACCUCUUGUUCUGGGCCAUGGGGCUCAACUUGGUAGAUUUGGAAACUCAGAUUUCUGAUCUAACCCCAGGUUUUGCUGAUUACCCAGCAGGAAAGUGGUUUACGGGCUGUCCGUAAAUUGAUCAUUUGCCCAUAGUAGACCUGUUCGUAUAAGAAACCUAAUUUCAGAUUAGAAGUUUAUUGGGUGAGAGAAGAGUUAGAGCAAAAAGACAUAAUGGCAGAUGUUUCAUUUAGUCUCCGCAAGGAGUUAAAGGAGCUGGUCUCCAUCUAGGGGUGUGUUUAGUUUAGCAUUCUAAUAAUUCAGAGACUAAGCUGUAAGCUCUGCACGCGCUCUCCACUGAAAUAGCGUGAGCAGCGUUCUUUCUAUGUACUUUCGUUGUAUUUUUCUGAAGCCCCUCAACGUUAUAACUUCACCAGUAGCUUCCUUCCCAACACCUUUACUUUUUAUGUUGUAGUUGAGCACUUUAACAAAUUGGACAUUCCACCUGUCAUUCCUAGGACCCUCUUACUAGAGGGUAUUCCCCCUAUAGCCUGUGCCUCUUGUCUACCUUUGACCACCACUGAUCACUCACAUUGAUCAUGGUGACUGGACAGCAUCCAGUGAACUCAGGAGAUGGCCACUGACCUCAGUGCUCUCAGGGUAGCGCCACUGCUCUGAAUGCGUGGCCGUGGUCAGAGGGACUCAGGGCUGAGGCAGCACAUGCGCAGUGGGACCACCCCCCCUCCCUGCCCACCGCCACCCACACAUGAUCGGGGAUAGCCCCUUGUUGAGAGGUGAAAGGGUAGAUAAUGAAUAGUGAGAUUGUUGCAGGUUACUUAACUUCUUUAAAUAAACUUUGCCCUGGAAUCUAAGCUGACAAUGGAUUGGAUUGAGUAAUUUGUAUGGGAGAGACAAUAUCAGAACAGAGCUGCAAAGAACUGGGUUGUAUUGAUAGGAGAAGGAUGGGAUGGUGUCACACGGGUGCACAUAACACUGUCCUGGAUAUCAGUGGGCCAGUUGCUAGGCCCUGACCUUUCACCAAAUAAUCUCAAUCCUCAGUUCAGGGUCUGAACUGUUACCUUUUAUUUUUUGGUUUUGGUGUUAUGCAUCUACUGGUUCUCUCUUUUUUUUUAAUUAUCUGGGGUUGCUUUCCAUGAUCUUUACCUGUAGUAUUACUAACUUCAUUUUUAUGUAUUAUGGUUGGUUUUGCUUGGUUUAUUCUACAAAUAUUUAGUGCAUAGCACUAUACUAAAUGCUGAUUUGUAUUCUGCCUUCAAAAAUUUACAGCUAGUAGCAGAGCUGCAGCUACUAGUAACAGAUAAUGACAAUGUGGUGUAAAUCCAUGAUAGUACAAGCUACUGUAGUGGCACAAAGGAAACCAAGCAAAGUCUCCCAUUAUGGGACAGCUAAAUUGGAGUGGAGAUGUUGAACAUAGGAAUUGAAGUCAAAGCUUUCCGAAGUAUCCUUUCCAAAGUAUCAAAAAUUACCAGGUAUGUUUCCCAGAAGGGACUGAAAAGUGGGACUUUAUGACUGAGAAGGUGAAUUCUAGCUGGAUUUUGUCAGCCUCUCAAAAGCACCAUGUGUAGUCCCAUUCCUGUGGUAAGGAACACAUUGAAAAGGUGGAAGGGCUGCCAAUUUUGGAUCCUUUAUGGUCCCACCCACCUGCCAUUUUUGACACACAGUCUGUAGGUGGUUGUAUUCAUUGGCCGGGAUCCUUUGGUUGCAAGCAACGGAAGCUGGCUCUGACUAACCUUAUCAAAACAGGAACCUAUGGAAGGAUGUGGGCAGACUCCUGGAAUGAAGAACCAGCCUUUGGAAGGACAAGACCUGAGUAAGUCGCAGGGUUUCGAGGAGCAGAGGGCCUAGGGAACCUAAGAUAUUUGCUUGGGGAUGGU